AUGACUUCACCAAUACCUGAUCUCAUGUCUCCCCUUCUUGAACAACCUAAUCCAAUUGGUCAAGUUAAAUCUGACGUUUUGGCAGCUUUGGAACAUUAUAAAAUCAAGGAUGCUUCUAAAGUAGUGGUCAGAUUCAAAUCAAUAGGUUCAGCACCGAUAAUGAAAAACAACGUUUUCAAAGUCACCGCAGGGAAUAAAUUCCAAGCUGUGGUCGUUUUUUUAAGAACUCAAUUAGGUUAUAAACCUACUGAUCCUUUGUUCACUUAUAUAAACGGAGCUUUCGCACCUGCACCAGAUGAUACAGUUGGGAAUUUAUUUAAAUGUUUCGGAACGGAAGGACAUUUAAUAGUGAAUUAUAGUAAUACUCAAGCAUGGAGUUGA